AUGAGCGCUCGUGAGGUCAAUGGAACGAGUGGGGGCGCGUAUACAUUCAGUCCGGACCUGAGUCUCUACGAGUCUCCUCAAUCAAGGCACGAAUUCAUCUAUGACCGAUGGCCACUCAUUACAAUGGAAUAUGAACGCGUCACAGCCGAAAUACUACAUGUCGCAUUCCAAGGUGCUAUCUUCCAGCAGUAUCAGUGGUCCACGAAAUCAGACCCUAUCCAUUAUUCGUCUGGAUCAGACAUCACUAUGGCAGCUAAACUGCGAAUACGAGACUUGGACUUUAUCGAUACUUAUGAAGAUGGUUACGGAUUCAUACUUGAACAUAAGGACUUGUUCCGGAGCGACGAGGAGUGCGAGGAAUGGGAGAAAUUUGAUUCUGUCUUCCUGGCUGUCUCCAUCUUUGUUAAUGGUGUAGCCCAAACGCUUGAGCUCAGUAACAACUACGAUGAUCCCGUCAUAGUUGUCAACUCUCCAGAAUUCUUUGUGGUACAAGGUCAUCCCCUCCAAAUCACGGUGGGUUACAAGAUCUUGGUUCGUGACAAGUUUUGGGACGGUAACAGUUUCCCCAUUACUCAAGACAGCCUCUGCGCCAUGCACAUGAUGCUCAGAGAAACUUCGUUCACCAGAUUGGAAUUAUCGCGGAAUGUCCAUAUGGACUUCAUCAUGAGACGGAACUUGGAACACAUACUUUCAGUUUGCAGUAUUCCGACACCUCAACCCGAUCGGGACGGGAUAGCUCUCACAUGUGGAGAUAUAUCUGGACAUCGGAUUGUAAACUCAGCAAGCUUUCUCACUUUCCAGUUUCUUUUAUCGAUGUACGAGCAUCUAGGUUCCUUCCAACAAACUGCGUUGGACCAAAGCCCACCAACAAUGUUUAGCGAGGACCGGAAAUUUGCCCUUAAAGGUAUUUGCAUCGAAAGUCUCCAAAAGCGCAUUGAGAAAGUAUGCAGAGGGCAUGUAGCCUGGCUGAAACAGGCUGAAAAAGUCGAUGGAUGCUUUGGAGCCAACUAUUGGGUGACGGGUAAACUUAUCAUCAAAGGUGAUUCGAACUCCCACAUGGGCGCAGAAUCUUUGACCGAUACACCAUUUCAACUCAUCAAGCUUGCUGAUUACGGAAGGCUGUUCAACUUGGACAAGGACAACGUCUUUUUAACAGAGCUUAAGGCUCUUGCGACCAACUGGAUUCAGGUACUCGAAACUGCCAACGCCCGAGGGUUUUAUGCAUUCCCUCGCCCCAAAACAGACCCUACAACACUAGAUAAAUUCCGGUUGGACGAUCACGUUUGGAUGUGGAGAGCCCUUAGCGCAGUCAGGGACAUGGUCCGGGGCAACGAGCUCGGAAAUCUCAAGCUUCGAUCAACUCGACGCCGGCGUAGAGCAUACGAAGAGAGCUCUGAGAAGGAAGAGAGCUCCGAGAAUGUGGAGAGCAAGUUGAAUGCAGAAUACUCUCCCGAGGUCUUUCAAAAGCACGUCUUGAGACGGUUCACUACUGAGAAUCCUGUCUCUAAACAAAGGAUGCUUGCUGUAGCACGAUCACCCGUCGAGAACAGGUUUUAUCUCCACUCCCGAGAUGUCGCGUUACUCUACAGGGAAAACUCAGCAUUCUUCUUCAAGCACGAUGCUCUCUGGAAAGCUACUAUGAACGUACAGGAAUUCCAUGAGGAGUCUGAAGAUUUUGGCAGGGGUAAUCCCUUGCGAUACACGCUCGAUAUCAUGCGCGGGACAAUUGAUCGCACAGCUGCAAAAGACAUAUUGCUCCAGAGUUCGUCUGCGAAUGGGCUCUUUCCAGGUGCACUGGAUCCUUUGACUAAGGAGCCUGAGAUGUUCUAUGAGGAAAAAUGGAGAGACCAUUAUUGGCAUCGAACUUUCGAAGUUCCUUACAUACUUUGGAAAUGCCGAGAGUCCGACUUAUUUCAAUCCGUCUUGAGUAAGGAUCCUGCUCACGUCCAAAAGGAAUCGAUCAACGUUCCCGUCCAAGUUCAGAAAGAUUUUAGCUAUGUUCCUGCCCACACUCAGAGGAAUCUGAGCAUUAUUCGUUCUAAAGUUCAGAAGGAAUUCAAUGAUGCUCUCGCCCAAGGUUUCCAAGCUUUUUUUCAUCCUGAAUUGUCUGCCGAGGACACUGUACCUGUCGAGGAUACUGCCAAAUACAAAGACACGACUGUCAUACCGUAUGGCGUCAUCAUCGACAUUCCAAAGACUGACCGUAGCAAGGAAUAUAAAGAUCCUUUGCUUGAUGUUGAACUGCUAGACAACGAAGAUAUGUACAACAAGCUUAGAAAAGAGCGUUCAGUACACAACAGCAAAAAAAGGCUUAUAUGGAUCACGAAUCCCGACACAGAUACUAAGAGAUUCUGCAGCAUCACGUCUGCAGAUGAUGAGUCAGAUUCGUUGAACCUUUUCUUUGAAAGGCACAACAGCAAGUCCAAAUACUUCUCCGAUGAAGUGACUGCAACUGCGAACUUGUGGACGACCGAGCUGCACCUUUCAUCCUACCGUCUUAUUAAUCAGCCAAGGAAUGGCAAAAGAGCCGGUAUGCCGUUUCUAGGAAACAACAACUUACUGAUAGAAAGAGCAGGUGCGGGAUUUCGGUUUGUCGGAGACUUCUUUGAUCGCUAUUGGACCUGUCACGCUCUUGAGACUGAACCGGAGUUUGUUUCGCCCUCGAUCAAAUGGACGGGCUUAGCUUCUGAGGACGAGCAAGAAACCACAGAAAAGCUUGACAAGAUACUCAAGCUGAGGGAGCUGAAGCUGGACUUUGAGCGACACAAGGAGCCAUGGAAGCAGCGGAAGGUGCUGGAACUCCUUUUACUCGAUCGAAUGCUUCGGGAGCUAACGCAGCGAUACGAUGAAAUUAUAGGGGAGAUAGGUCAACAGCUAGAGCGGCUGUUUGUUCACACAGCGAAAACAGAUAGCAAGAAUAUCAAAGAAGAGAAAGCCAAAGGGAACAUAGUAUCCAUCUCGAACGAGCUGUUCUCUAGACAGAUGAACAACGGUGCUUAUCUGGUGUUUCGUAAGACAUGGCCGGCCUUGCAAUAUUCUCUCCAAGUUACUGAGGAAGAUCUCAAGGAAGUCUUGGAGAAGAUUGACAUUUGGAACACCCGUAAAGCAGAUCGAAGACCCGAAGAGCCGCGAUGGACAAAAAACGACGAAGGAAGAUAUCGGGCUGCUAUCACGAAGCUCACAAAUGAGAACUUGCAUGCGAUUCGAGACUUGCGAUAUCGCCUAGCCACCAUCCAGUCGUUGAGAGUCUCCCUCUCAAGCGGGCUCGAUUCUACAAGAGACGAGUUGAGCUUCCAGAACGCAGAGAACAUUCGAUAUUUCACGUUCCUCACUGCCGUGUUUCUGCCACUUGGAUUCGCUACAGGAAUCUGGAGUAUGGCCGACUCAUCCCCUCGUAGCGAAAGCAUAAAAGGAAUGGUGGUUACAGCUGUCAUUACAUUGUUUCUGACAUUCACUGUACUGAUCAACGUGCAGAGACUCAAUGAAUACCUGAGCCUUUAUACUUCUCGUACGUUCUGGGAGAAGCGCAACGGAGCGCAAACGAGUGUGCGCCAAGAGCAGCAGGGCGAUCCUUCUGAGCGCGAUAGCGCAACGCGUAGAUUCAGUAAACUUCGAGGGUUCCAGCUGCCUGGUCUAAGAAAAAGAACAGAAGCAAGGAAAUCCAACGAAUCUCUGGCCUGA